AUGGCUGAAGAAUCGGCUCCUAAUGCCUUUAAGGGUGUUCAGCGUAGGGGCGGAUUUCGACAUAAAAAUGUGUUUGAAGUCAAAGAUCAUAAAUUUGUGCCGAGGUUUUUCAAGCAACCUACAUUUUGUAGCCAUUGCAAGGAUUUUAUUUGGGGAUUUGGAAAACAAGGAUUCCAAUGUCAAGUGUGUAGUUUUGUAGUACAUAAGAGAUGUCAUGAAUUUGUCUCAUUUCAAUGUCCUGGUGUGGAUCAAGGACCUGACAGUGAUGCUACCAAUUUACAUAAGUUUAAAGUUCAUUCCUAUGGCAGUCCGACAUUUUGUGACCAUUGUGGUUCAUUAUUAUAUGGUCUGUUACAUCAAGGUCUUAAAUGUGAUGCCUGUGAUAUGAAUGUUCAUAAAAGAUGUGAAAAACAUGUGCCAAAAUUAUGUGGUAUUGAUUUUACUGAACGUAGAGGACGUAUAUAUCUGAUUAUUAAACCUCAAGGAAAUAAAUUAGUUGUUGAGGUUCGAGAGGGCAAGAAUCUUUGUCCAAUGGACCCUAAUGGUUUAGCAGAUCCAUACUGUAAAAUUAAGUUAGUUCCAGAUGAUUCUCAUAAAUCUAAAAGAAAAACCAAAACCAUUAAAGCCAGUUUAAAUCCAUGUUGGCAAGAAACCUUUACCUUUGAUUUGUCCCCUGAAGAUCACUCAAAGAGAAUCUCGUUUGAGGUUUGGGAUUGGGACAGAACGUCGCGGAAUGAUUUUAUGGGAUCAUUAUCAUUUGGAGUAUCAGAAGUAAUCAAAAACCCAGUAGAUGGCUGGUUUAAAUUGCUCAAUCAAGAAGAAGGAGAAUUCUAUGGAAUACCUGUUACAGAUGAAGUUACUCCUACCAUUCAAGAGCUCAGAAGUAGAAUGCAGAAAACAGAUAUUCAAGAACGAAAAAUACAGCCACCAGAUAAUGCACAAAAUAUAUCAAAACAAGAUAUAGUUAGAGCUAGUGAUUUUAAUUUUCUCACUGUUUUAGGAAAAGGUAGUUUUGGAAAGGUGGUACUUGCUGAAAGAAAAGGUACUGAUGAACUUUAUGCAAUCAAGAUAUUGAAGAAAGAUGUUAUUAUACAAGAUGAUGAUGUGGAAUGUACUAUGAUAGAAAAACGGGUUUUAGCUCUAGCUAAUAAACCACCAUUCCUUGUCCAAUUACAUUCAUGUUUUCAAACCAUGGAUCGUUUAUAUUUUGUAAUGGAAUAUGUGAAUGGUGGAGAUUUAAUGUAUAGAAUUCAACAAGAAGGAAAAUUUAAAGAACCAAUAGCUGCAUUUUAUGCUGCAGAAAUUGCUAUUGGAUUAUUUUAUUUACAUUCACAAGGAAUAGUUUAUAGAGAUUUAAAGUUAGAUAAUGUUAUGUUAGAUAGUGAAGGCCAUAUUAAAAUAGCUGAUUUUGGUAUGUGUAAAGAAGGAAUGUUUGGUGAAAAAUUAACACGAACGUUUUGUGGUACUCCAGAUUACAUCGCUCCAGAGAUUGUUUUAUACCAACCAUAUAGUAAAUCAGUUGAUUGGUGGGCAUAUGGUGUAUUAUUAUAUGAAAUGUUAGCUGGACAGCCACCAUUUGAUGGUGAAGAUGAAGAAGAAUUAUUUACAUCUAUCACAGAUCACAAUGUGUCUUAUGCUAAAUCCAUGUCUAAAGAAGCUGUGUCAAUAUGUAAAGGGCUGUUAAAUAAGAACCCUGCUAAGCGUUUAGGCUGUGGGGCUAAUGGUGAAAGAGAUAUUAAAGAUCAUGCAUUUUUCCGAAGAAUUCACUGGAUAAAUAUGGAAACAAAAGAUGUUCAACCACCAUAUAAACCAAAGAUUAAAAGUCGAAAGGAUGUUAGUAAUUUUGAUCGUGAAUUCACAUCAGAAGCACCUAAAAUGACCCCAACAGAUAAAUUAUUUAUAAUGAAUCUUGAUCAGACAGAAUUUUCCGGAUUUUCUUAUGUUAAUCCAGAAUUUGUAGUAACAGUGUAA